AUGUUAAAAGAUUCAUUAUUAUUCUUAUUCCAUUGUCCAUUUUUUGUAUUAACAUCAAUUGGUAUGGCAAAAUUUUAUAGUUUAUUUGUAUCAAAUGGUGGUGUUGCAGGUCGUACAGAUCCUCUUAUUAUGUUAUGUUUUUUAACAUUAUGGGGUCAAUUUUUCUUAAUUUUCUUUUUUGGUACAUCAAGUAUUGUAGAUUUAUUAAAUAUUUUUAAAGCAAAAAAGAAUACACCAUAUUAUUAUUUAUUUUUAAGAGUUAGAGAUUUAAUAUUUAGAUCAAUUAUAUUCCCAAUUGGAAUUGUAAUAACAUCAUUAUUUUGGGGAAUUUAUCAUUAUGAUAGGGAAUUAAUAUUUGGAAAAGCAUUAGAUUCAUGGUUUCCAUCUUAUUUAAAUCAUUUACAUCAUACAUUACCAGGUAUUUUAAUUGUAAUUGAAACAUUGAUUGUAAAUCAUCAAUACCAUCCAGACCCAAAUACAUUAAGAAAAUUCAAAGAAAGAUCAUCACCAAUCUCUGAGAUUGUGCCAAUUACAUCGGAUUUAAAACAAGAUGUAUCAUAUUUAGUAUCUUUUAUUCUCUUUUAUAUUGGUAUCAUUGCUUAUACACGUUUUCAUUUAAAUUUUUGGGUUUAUCCAAUUUUAGCUGUAAUUCCAAUUCAUUCAAAAAUUAUUUUCAUUUUCUCUUCCUCUUGUUUCGGUGUUUCUCUUUAUAUCAUAGGUAGGGCAAUUAAUCAAAAGAUAUGGGGUGGUAAAUCAGUUUUCCUUCCACCGUCACAACAAAGACAACAACAACAACGAUCAACAAUACCACCAUCAGCACAACCUCAACAAUCUCAAAAAAAAAGUAAUAUUAAAAAAGUUCAAUAA